AUCUGGACCGCAUUAGGGCCUUCAGAAAAGAAAGAAAAGCGCCAUAGUUCGCUUUUCAAAUUGCAGAUAAGUUCUUUAACCCAUGUACUUUGUAAAGUCUCGUUCAGAAAUUGAAUAACGUACCGUAUAUAUGAUGAAUAAUGAGAACGGGACUGAGGGACAUUCACCCCGUGUAAAAAGCCUUAAAACUAGCAGCAUAACAAACGAUGUUGCUACCCACGAGGUUGAUCGUAACAACGACUUGGAAACUUCGCAGGAAGGACAUAUCGACGAUACAAAGAAUGGGCAAGAGCUAGAUGACAGUAAUAAUAACAACUUGGACGUUAAACUACCGGAGACGUCUGGGGAGAACACGAAUUCUGUUGAUCAGGAGUUGGAAAGCCAGAAUGAGCCAUCAAAACACCUAGAAGAGACGGCAGAUAACGAAGAUACCAACGCCGUUACUAUAAAAACAAUAACUCCACGAAAAGCGAAGAAAAGGGGAAUAUUUGUGUCUUAUUCUCCGGAAGCAGGUUUUGAGGAAAAACGACUAAUAGCGUAUACUGUCAAGGAGUUGAAAACGGACGAAAUAGGAUUCGCAAACGACCUGUGGUUCGACAAAGAUGAUGCCGUAUCUGUUCCCUAUAGUCCGUUCUGUUAUCAACAGCGCCUGGAAAUCGCAGAGAAAUGUCGUGCAGUGCUUGUGUUUUUAUCAAAGUCUUAUUUGCAAAGUAGACUCUGUCAGCAUGAAGCGAAAAUUUUGCUCAGCAGACACGAAGAGCUCGAGGAUUCGGAAGGAAAUUACAAGCAAGUCCGGGUGUUCUGUGUCAAUUACGAUUGCGCUUCUAUUCCUCACGAUCUCCGUGGCUUCGAGGAGAACAUCGUUGACUUCAAUUCUGAAUGUUUGGCGUUUAGAAGUACUGCCGAAAAAGCUUCAGAAAUUGUGGGAGCUUUUAGUGUGGAAAUGGAGAAAUACGCGCCGCUAUUCGGCCGAAGCCCCCCCUUGUCUAAUAAAGAGAGUGAAUCGUUCGCUAAGAAACGGGUUUGUUUUUGGAACAUCAACGAUGUGCAAGAAUGGCUCCACUCGCUGAGGAUCCCACCAAGAUUUUGUUUAAGUUUUGAGGAAAACAUGGUUGAUGGGUUUCUGUUGUUGUCUCUGGAUUGGAAAGGGUGCGAUUUAGAAAGAUAUCUCAUGGUUGACAGCAAAGUUGUUAAGCGCAAACUGGAACAGCAGUUGAAGGGUAUCCUAGAAACCCAAGAAAAGGAUUUGUGGUUUGAGAAAAUACGGAAGUGCAAAGUAAAGGAUGACUCCGUGUAUAUCAUUUAUGAUCCUACCGAUGCAAGAUUCUCAAACAAUUUGAAAGAAGAUAUCAAGAGGAAAUGCCCCAAGGUUGCCAUGCACAAGCGGCUUGGCCAGUCCAAAGAAGACUUCCUUAAGCUCAAUGGACCAGACUUGGGAGCUUCAAGUUCUGUGGUUGUCUUGAUGUCUGAAGCAUCAGCAACAUCAGUAUUCGUCUACAGUGAGUUGUUGUUUGCUGAUUGGCUGAAUAAGCCAUUUAUUGUUGCUAUGGCAAAGAAUUCCUGGGGUGCUAUGAGGCCAAGUGUUCAGGCCAUAUUAGGAGAUUGCCCAGCCAUUGACUUUGAGAGCUGCUCAUAUCAUGACUGUAUGGAUGUCCUGCGUUACCAAUUGAAGCCUCUGAGGAGCAUGCCUGCAGUUAUUCUAGAGCAAGAGUUCCUGGAUCAUAUGGUGGAUAGCAUCAAGCCAUUAAAAGUACUUGCUGAUAAUGUUGCUCCAAGCAUUCCCGAUAAUGAAGAUAUUUCAACACAGCCUAGGGUCUUUCUUAGCUACCACUGGGAUGUCCAGACCAAAGUCCAGCGACUAGCACAUUUCUUGGAAAACCAAGGGUUUGAGUGUUGGACAGAUGUCAGUGGUGUUUCUAAGCAACCACUUCCGAACACUUCACUUCAUGGAAACAAUGAUACUGGGACUCUUCAAACACAAAUUAAGAGAAGUAUGAAGUCUUCAGUUGCCAUUUUGUGCUGUAUAACCCGCAAGUACAUAUGUUCAGACAAUUGUUUGAAGGAUUUGGAUUUGGCUGAGUUGCUAUCAAAGCCAAUAGUCCCAUUGAUAUUUGAAUGGCCUCUUGAGUUUGCCAGAGAAAAAGAGAAAGUGAGAAAAAUUCUCGCACCACUGCCCUCUAUUGACUUGAGCAAUGAUAAACAAUUCAAGAGAAACCAGACCACAUUAAUGACACAAUUGAGAAAGCAUGCUGCACGUCACGCUAGUCUUAGCCCUAGAGAUGGAGCACGCUCAUAGUGUAGUCUUAUUUCAAAAUUACUGGUCUUAGCCCUAGAGAUGGAGCACACUCAUAGUGUAGUCUUAUUUCAAAAUUACUGGUCUUAGCCCUAGAGAUGGAGCACACUCAUAGUGUAGUCUUAUUUCAAAAUUACUGGUCCUAGCCCUAGAGAUGGAGCACGCUCAUAGUGUAGUCUUAUUUCAAAAUUACUGGUCCUAGCCCUAGAGAUGGAGCACACUCAUAGUGUAGUCUUAUUUCAAAAUUACUGCAAGCAGGGGCAUAGAGGACAUUGGGAUACUCCCCCUAAAAACUCACAUUAUGCUUUUCAAGAAAAUAGAUACUAAAAUUGGUUUGAUUAACAAAAUAUUCAACCUAAAUAGGAUAUUUUGGGGGUCCCUUAUACAAUACUAUACAAUACUAUGGGAAUACCACAUACCCUUUGAAUAUGAGCUUGAAGUCAACACCUGACACCUGCUCCUGACUUGAUGAUGUUUAAAGGCCAUUUCUGCCGCCCCUUGCAUGGCCUGUCUGCUUAGUCCCCCCCCCCCCCCUCAAACACAUAAUAAUUCAGUGGGGGGUCUCCUCUAGGCAUGUCCCGUUUUCUCAAUAUUUCCUGCUCCGAGGAAAUAUACAUUACCUGCUAUAGCUUUGUCACUACCUUGCGUGAAAUGGUGUUCCUGGGGGGGGGGGUGUACUCUGAUAUGAAACAGACGGGGAUUAUCCUCGGGAUUUCUUGAAAACAACCCUAAAAGAUACUAAAGUGGGCGAGGUCUGGUUACAUUUUAACCCUAAAAGAUACUAAGUGGGCGUGGUUACUCAUAAAUUUACCCCCUAAAAGAUACCUCAAACAAACGUAAAUUAUUUGUAAUAAAAACAUUUAUUUAAAACUGACUCUAGUGAUCUAAAAACACCGAUUGACAUGUUAACACUCUUUUGUGAGCUAUGAGCGAUGGCUAUAAUAGCACCCUAAAAAAUACAGAGGUAAAAAACAA